AAGACUAUAUGAGGAUUCGGACCGGGUGCCGGGGACGUGUCACUUCUGGGCGGGAAACAAAUUCUCUGCUAAAUCACUUCGUUCGUUUAGGAAAAAAAAAACCGCCAGAUGUUUCCUCUAUUAUUUUCGGUCUUCGUUGUAGCCAUUAAGGUAUUUAAGAAGACCACUCCUAAUGGCAAAAUUACGGUAUAUCUGGGCAAGAGAGACUUUAUCGAUCAUCUAGAUCACACUGAUCCCAUCGACGGUGUUAUCGUCGUGGAGAAUGACUACCUUCAAGGGCGCAAGGUCUUCGGUCAGGUCGCGACAACCUACCGAUAUGGCCGUGAAGAGGACGAAGUCAUGGGAGUCAAAUUCAGCAAGGAGCUGGUAUUGUGCCGCGAUCAACUAAUACCGACGAAGAAGGAGAAGCAGGAGACCACAUCGAUUCAGGAUCGCUUGCUGAAGCGCCUGGGCUCGAGCGGUUCGAACGCAUAUCCGUUCACGUUCCAGUUUCCGCAGACGGCUCCUUGCUCGGUCACCCUCCAACCCGGCGACGAUGAUCAAGGGAAACCCCUAGGAGUCGAGUACACCGUGAAAAUAUUCGUUGGAGACAACGAAGAAGACAAGGGACACAAAAGGUCCUCUGUAUCGUUAGCCAUCAAGAAGCUGCAGUACGCUCCACCAACGCGAGGCCGUCGACUUCCCAGCUCUUUGAUUUCUAAGGGAUUCACCUUCUCUCAGGGCAAACUGAAUCUGGAGGUCACACUUGACAGAGAGAUCUACUAUCACGGCGAGAAAGUUGCGGCGAACGUCACAGUUACGAACAAUUCACGAAAGGCAGUGAAGAAUAUUAAGAUGUUCGUGGUUCAACAUUGCGAGGUGACCAUGGUAAACGCCCAAUUUUCGCGACAUGUGGCUAGCUUGGAGACUCGCGAGGGUUGCCCGAUCACACCCGGUGCAUCCUUCACGAAACAAUUCUAUCUUGUGCCUUUGGCCAGCAGCAACAAGGAUCGGCGUGGCAUCGCUCUCGACGGGCAUCUCAAAGAUGACGACGUAAAUCUAGCAUCCUCAACUUUGGUAGCCGAGGGCAAGUGCCCGGCUGAAGCUUUGGGUAUCGUGAUCUCGUAUUCGAUCCGAGUAAAAUUGAAUUGCGGUACUCUUGGUGGCGAGUUGAUCACCGAUGUUCCAUUCAAACUGAUGCAUCCGACCCCUGGCGCCAUUGAAAGAGAAAAUGCUAUACUGAAGAAAAGCAAGAGCAUUGACAGGGCACGGUACGAGAACUCUUGCUACGCCAACGACGACGAUGAUAAUAUCAUAUUUGAAGACUUUGCUCGUUUGCGCUUGAAUGAACCAGAAUAAACUAGAGAAAGAGACAGAGAGAGAGAGAGAGAGAGAGAGCAAAAGAUAGUGCUUUUUAUCUUGCAAUUAAUUCAAAAAAAUCCUGAGCUUUCUAUGCUCUUGAUGGAUUAUCUUUCGCGUUUAAAAUUAAACUUAUCUUUUAAAUAUUAACAUCUAUUAUCUAGAAUUACACAUAAUUGAAAAAUAAACAAAAAUUUAAACUAAAAUAUAUUAAAUGAUUUGUUUAAAAUUUGUAUUUCUCUGGAUUCUUUUGAUGUGGUUUUUAGUGAACGAGCUGUAUUAAAUAUAGAUAAAAAAAAACACUUAAAAUUAAUUAUAUAAUAUUUUGAAACUGUUACUGAAGAAAAAAAGAAUGAAAAGAAUACAAAAAAAGCGAAAAGACAACUAAGUGUAAAAAAGGUCGUCUCAGAAUUUCUGUGCAAUGGUGGUGGUUGGACAGAAAUUCGUUACGAGACGAACAAAAAAAAAAGAAUAUCAAGUAAGCUUUAAUCUUUAAAGGACGGGUUGGUUUUUGGACAACUUCUAUAGUUUUCAAUUUAAAACUUUCGAGAUAUAUGGCAUAGUAAUGAUCUAUGAAAAAAAAGCCGAGACCGCUUCAGAGCCGAUAAAUCGACUUCCCGUCCUCUAGAGGUUAAUAAUAAUUCACGUUUAGUUAAGUUUAAGAAUCUCCCGUCUUACCAGAAGUGACAUGGUAUAUUAUUCGUCCCAAUUAAUUUCUUAUGUUUUACGGUACUCCACAGAUUCAAUUGUUUAUUUAUUAGAACUAUUGAUUGACGAGGUACUGUUCAGUUGCAAUUAUAUUAGAAAAUACAUAUGAAACUGUAAAAACGC